AUGGAGGCGGCGGCGGGAUCCUCUCGCAAGGAGCAGCUGCGGAGUGGCGACUGCGACGAGACCGCCGGCGAUCGCAUCAGCCACCUCCCAGACGACGUCCUCGGCGCCAUCAUCUCCCUCCUCCCGACCAGGCACGGCGGCCGCACGCAGGCCCUGUCCCGCCGAUGGCGCCACCUCUGGCGUUCCGCUCCUCUCAAUCUCGAGGUCACCUGCCCUCCCUACUUCCUCCCAACCUCCGUCCCGGUCUCGUCCGUCGCCAAGAUAAUCGCCCAACACCCUGGCCCAGCCCGCCGAUUCUGCUUCCAGCACCUGCUCGCCGGCGACCUCUGCGCCGAGGUGGAGAGCUGGCUGUCGUCCCGGUCCCUCGCCAACCUCCAGGAGCUCGACAUCGGCUACCAGUGCCUCUCUCAACAGCACACCCGCUAUCCGUUGCCGCAAUCCGCGUUCCACUCCGCAUCCACCCUCCUCGCAGCCAAAAUCAGGACUUGCAGCUUCCCGGACGCCAUCGCGCCGUCCAUGAAUUUCCCCCUUCUCAAGGAGCUCGUUUUGCAUUGUGUUUCUUUCUCGGGAGAUGCGUUCCAGAGCUUGCUCUCUGGCUGCCAUGCUCUGCAGAGCUUAUCCAUGCUCCAAGUGCAUGUUGCUGGUUCUGGUUGCCUCCGUGUUAGCUCGCCAACUCUAAGAAGCAUUGGCUUCCGUAAAAGCUCUGGUGGAAAAGCAGAAUUGGUUAUCCAUGAUGCUCCUCGCCUUCAAAGGUUAUUAUUGCCGUAUUGUCACCUGAAUGAUUGUGUGACUAUCCGGGUUAUCGGGGCACCUGAACUAGAGAUAUUGGGGCCUUUCUCACUGGGCAUGUGCAAGCUCCCGAUCUUCCAGGUAGGGAUGAGCCGACGACAGUAACCAUUAUUCAGCAUUCUGACAUACAGAUGAUUAUUUUUUACGUCGGUUAUUUUAAUUUUUAUUAAGGGAAUGGCCCUGGUCAGCUCGGCCAACUCGAUACGCACAGUGAAGGUUUUGGCCCUCGGGUGUUAUAAUGAUCAUCAAUUGAAUCCAGUUCUUGACGUCCUAAGGUGGUUCCCCUGUUUGGAAAAGCUCUAUCUCAUCUUUAAAGCACAAUAUUGGAUGCUUAAGCAAAAUGAGGAUCAGUAUGACCCAUUGCAUCCAUUGGAAUGCCUUCAGACCCAUCUAAAAAAAGUCGUGUUGAGAUUGUCCAUAGUCUCUGAGCGACAUGUUGAGUUUGCCAGGUUCUUUGUUUUGAAUGCAAAAGUGUUAAACAGAAUUGAAUUCCAAGUAUGUGAGGGCUACAACAAUGAAUUUGUGGAUCGUCUACACACACUGCUCCAAGUCGAAGACAGAGCUUCUCCAGAUGCUCAUUUUGUAUUCAGGAAUGCUCGUGGUAGUAUAGAUUACCAUGUCAGCAAGCAUAUCCAUGAUUUGUCGUUGGCCGACCCCUUCAGACAGCCGGAAAGAGGGUUGAUGGUUGAAGAUUGCACUGUCUUGUGUGUUCGUUUUCAAGAUGGGGAUAAUGCAAAAGAAGACCACUGCUGAAAUUGUAAUGGUAAGGAUUAGGCAAUAUAGGGAUGCAAAAAAAAAAUGCCGAAAGGUAAUAACUGGGAUUGAGCUAUAGUAAACUCCUCUGGCCUGUGCAAUUGGGGCUUUUUUCUGCCUAAGCUGUACUAUACACAUCGUGCUUGUUUUGAAACU